UCUCGCGUCGUCAAACCGCGUCGCGCGUCAACUCGGACUCAAUUCAAUUCAUUUCACCCAAUUGCUUCAAGUUCAAUGCUACUUGCUACUUGCUACUUGCUACUUGCUUAUCACCUUUUGGCACCCCUCCUUCGACUUUCACAUUAUCUAUUUUGCACACCAAUUCCCAAUAAUUUUCCAUCCCAUCACCUAUUUAUCCUCAUCCCAUACGCGCCUGUGUUUUGAUCGCAAAUUAUGAUAAAAUAAAUUCAACAAAAAAAACGCCGUCAUGCCCCUCCAGAAAUCCUUCUCGGAGCAAAAUGGUUCUUCUAAAUCUCGCCAGCAUUGGAAUAAAACCAGAAGCCAUUCCGCCGCAACAAAUGGAACCACAUCUCGAAAUACCGCUCCUAAACCUCUCCAACCCAUAUCCGAGGUUUCAAAGAACAAGCUCAAUGCAUUCAAAUUCCCUAACUUUACUAAAUCAGUUGCCCAAGAGCCUUGCGCGCCAAUUGUUCAUGCCGAUGAAUCGAUAGAUAACCCAGAUGAGAGGAAACAGAGUAAGCGAACCCCAGAGGAAACCAUUCAUUCGCGCGCAUCCGAUAGUACGACUACACCCGUAAGUCGCUUAGCAUGGCAGGAUCUUAUUGGCAUGACCGAGGCGAAAGAGGAAGAUGAACAGACCAGUCCUAAUGAGAGAAUUGGCUGGGAUACCAGGGAAGACCCGCUAGACGUGAUGAAACUAUCGCCAGUAAUGCCAAGUAGGAGAGGGAAAAAGAGAGCGCGAAGUUCCUCUCCUGUAUCGUCGCCUGCUUCCCAUUCGAAACCUCGCAAGCCCGCGGUCAACGUAGAGAAGUUGUCACGAGCCCUCAAAUCCCCUCAUGCUGACCCUGCACUGGAACUAUGGGAUCGCUUUUCUCUCAGUGGGGCUACCUCUACUACACCUCUUGGCGCCAUAAAUUCUACCCUGGCUCAGAUUAUGGUAGCAUCUUCGCCGAGGCCAUCCAAGACAAUCGGCGGAAGCGGACUUCGAAGGGCAACCAGUUGUGGGGCAAAUUGGCCUAAACGCCGGAGGGUAGAACGAAUAGAACUAACGAAGCCGAUGGAAGUUGCAAUCGAGGAAAGUCCAAGCCGUCAUUGUAAAACGUCUAUGGUAAACGCCUUACUACAGAGCGUGACUGGUGAGAUCAACAGGUCCAAGGCCAUUCAAAGCCGUCAAGACGCCUUGAAGUCUCCUUCGCCCAAAAAGCGAUCCCAUCCCGCAAUGCAGUCUACUGGCUCACCUUCGCGACGAACUCCUCGAUCAAAACCUACUCCUCCGAUGUUUGAUGAGAAAGCGGUUCCGCAGGCACAGAAUACGAACUCGAUAGCGCUGAAGGAUGAUGCGUCAGACUAUGGAGACGACGAUUUCGACGAUGACACACUUAUGGAGCUGGAUGCUACGAUGUGUCAACCGUCUGAAAAAAGCGCACGAGACUUACCCAUGCCACCAAAGGAUUCCAAGCAAAAUUCAACUCAGCAGCAACACAGUCCAGUUUCCGAGUCGUUCGAGUAUGAGUUCGAUGACGAUGUGUUUGACGACGUAUUUACUACUGGUGAAGUUAUAUUAACACAGCUCGAUUCUACUCACUAUUCCAAGGAUAAAUCCGAAAUAUCACACCAGCCUGCUGUUUCAGUUGCCGCACAAAGUAUCCCGGUUGCUGUUGCUGAUGACCUUACUGAGGAUUUGUACGAUGAUGAUUUUGGGGGUGAUUUUGACUUUGAGGCUGCUGAGAUGGCUGCUACGCAGUCUGUCUCUAAACAGACAAAGGGGUUCUUACCGGUACGUAGGUAGCAGUAGGAACGAGUCAGAUUUAGUUGCUAAGAGUAUUGGUAGGUAUC